UGUAACCGUUAGUAUUGAUAGAAUCGGCAUUAUUGCCGGAUGUCGUACACAUCAAAUCGUAAUAUUAAUUGAUCUAUUCUACGCGAAAUACUCAUUUUAUUCACUGAUCAUCGAAUAGUUUAAAAUACACAGUUUGAUCGGUAUCGGACUAUUUGAUCGAGGACAAAAAUGGCACUAACUGCAUUGAAUCGGGAGUACUUUCUCCGAAAAGAUAACGCUGAUUCUCUCAUUAACUUAGUAAAUUAUAUAAAGAGCAGAGGAAUCAAGCAAGAACAUCUAGAGGAUGGAGAAAUUUUAAUAAAUAUGAUUCGUAACGGAAUGAGAAGAUUUGUGAACGAUCAUCCCUCCGAAGAACAAUUGGAGGAAUUUAAAGAUACGAUUCUUGAGUUUAAAAUAGAUUAUUUGAAGGAAAUUAGUCUGUAUCGGCUGAACCAUGGCAUUUUGGCGAUCGCGUGCCUGGAGUAUCUACUGUUUCCUGGGUCAAGCGAUCAAGAAUAUUUAGAGUUACAUUGUUGCGGCACAGCAGAGGCUACCAUGCUAUAUAUUAUGCUGGGUCCAGUACGGGAACCCAACGACGACACAAAGAGAGCGGCAGCAUCUUUUUUCUCCUGGCCAGAUCGUUUAAGAGAAAACGGAUGCUUGGAAGCGGUAAGAUCGUAUUUGCGAGGAAUUCAUAUCGACGAUGACGAACAGGACUACAUACGUAACAAAUCCAUCGAAGUAAUUAAUGAAAUGGCAGAAAAUGUAUUAGAUCCCGUGAGAGAUCAUUCACCUGUGCCUUUGCCUGUGCCUGUACCCGUGCCUGCGAACGACCAGGAGCCUCGACCAGUUUCACCAAUUAAUGAAAUGGGAGAAUAUGUAAUAGAUCCCGUGAGAGAUGAUUCACCUGUACCUCCGCCUGAGCCUGUACCCGUGCCCGCGGACGACCAUGAGUCUCGACCAGUUACACCAAUAUCGGUAGACGAUGAUUAUUUAUCAGCCGUAUCAGACACAACAGGAAGUGGGUAUAGUCAACGCAUCCGGUAUAAUACAAUGGACCAAGUAUAUUUUCGUCAAAAAAUUCAUGCAGAUGCUAUCAUUGGAUUGCAAAAUUAUUUAAUUAAGCAUAAUAUUCAACGACAUCAUUUAAGUAAUGAUGAUAUUUUAAGAGAUAUGAUUCGUGCGACGAUAGGAAGACGUCAGAACAACGACCCUACGGAAGAAGAAAAAGCAACGUUGAAAAGAACGAUUUUUCUUUAUACGCUCGACUUUUUAAAGGCGAUUAAUUUGUAUCGUAUAAAUGAUGGCAUAUUGUUGGUCGCUUGCAUCGAGUUCGUCCUGUAUCCCGGCAAAUCUGAUAAAAAGUACAACUCGAUAUAUCUCAGCAGUUACCCAGAGGCGAAGAAGGUAUAUACAAAACUGUGUGGCAUUCCAAGAGACAGUAAGCUCAAAAUGGCCAUCCUCAAAUCGGCUAGACGUUUUCUUUUUUGCCACAAGUAUGCAAGAAAUAGAGAAUACUUGGAGAAAAUAAGAUCUUAUUUGCGAGAGCUUGUCCGAAGAGAACCCCUAGACGACGAAGAAAAAAAAUUCAUAAAACAAAGGACCGUUCAAUUGAUUACUGGCAAUAAAGAUAUCCAAAUUAUUCAGCCGCCUGAAAAUAAUACGGAUCCCGCCGAAGACCAUUCAUCAACUUCGUCCAAAGCUCCUUACAUGAAUCGAGAAUAUUUUCUCAAACAAUCUAAUGCGGAUCUUAUUAUUUCUUUAAGAAAACAUUUAAUUGAUAACGAUAUUAAAAGGGAAAAUUUAGAUAAUAAAGAUGAUUUAAUUGGUAUUCUACGUGCGGGAACGAGGAGAUCUAGUAGCUACGUACCUACGACUGGAGAACUAGAAACGCUUAAACGUACCCUUCUCAAUUUUACCAUUGAUUAUUUGAAAGAAGCUGAUCUGUAUCGAAUGAAUCGUGGCAUAUUACUCGUGGCCUGCCUGGAGUGGUUACUCUUGCCUGGGGAAGACGUAGAAAAAUAUUUAGAGAUAUAUAACUGCAGCCAGUCAAUGGCGACCAAGUUGUAUAAUAAACUGUGUGGUUUUCCAGAACAACACGAACUCGACGAUGCCACAGUGAACUCGGCUGAAUGUUUUUUUCGAAACAAAAAGUUUUCAAAUGAAAAUGGAUGCCUGGAAACAGUUAGAUUAUACCUGAAUGGAAUUGUUAUGGAUGAUGAGAAGUUGAAAUUUAUAAAAGAAACAUCAAUUCUAUUAAUUAACGAUAAAGCAGCCAUGGACACUGUUCAACCGCCAUUAAUUAUAAAGCUUCUCAUCGAGCCUAAUACGCCCAAUUUAUUUGCAAAACACCAGUCUCAACUAUCCGCCCCGAAAGAAGCCCCGAAAGAAGCGCCGGUAGAAACGUCUAAUCGUCGAGCACGCGUAGUAUCGGUAUCACGGAUAAGCGACGACUUUGCUCAACUUUACCAGCCUGGUCAGACAGUAUUGGCGAUCAGAAAGUCAGAUUCGAAUUUCUGGCCAGCCAAAAUUAUGGACAUUGGCGAUUAUGUGAUGUAUGUUAAGUUUUUUCCACUGUUAGGAGAAAUGGAAGUCAUUACAAUGAAAGAAGAUGUAAAAGCGUUUAGCUUAACAGGAAUCCAUAAUACUAUUCACGCUCGAAGUCCUGAUUUGACGCGAGAAUGCUUUAUGAAUGCAUUGGCAUUGGCUUGUGCGGAACUUCAGGAACGAAUGUUUUGUUAAUCCAAUUUAAUGGCAUUUUAAAUCUUAAUUAUAAUAAAAUUUUACUUUUAAUCUGAAAAAA